AUGCCAAUCUUUCCACCAAAACGAAAAUCUCAAACUAAAAAGGAUGAUCCAAUGAGUGGUAUUAGUCCAUCAACAACGGAUACAACAACAAACACAUUAUCUCCGAAUACAAGUACAUCGGCAGCAACGACUCUUAACCGACCAUCAUCAUAUUCUUCUUCAAGUAGUCGUCGUUCAACUGCUAGUUCAUCAAAUGGUGAUACACGUGUUGAUCCACCAAAACUUGUUUUUCAUUGUCAAUUAGCACAUGGUAGUCCAACUGGUCUUAUAUCAGGUUUUAGUAAUGUUAGAGAACUAUAUCAAAAAAUAGCUGAUUGCUUUGAAAUUCCUGUCCAAACAAUUCUUUUUUGCACAUUGAAUACACAUAAAAUUGAUAUGAGUCAAUUAUUGGGUGGACAAAUUGGUUUAACUGAUUUUAUAUUUGCUCAUGUUAAAGGACAACCAAAAGAAAUUGAUAUUGUUAAAUCUGAAGCUGCUCUUGGACUAACAAUAACUGAUAAUGGAGCAGGUUAUGCUUUUAUUAAACGAAUUAAAGAAGGAAGUGUUAUUGAUCGACUUAAAACAUUAGUCAAAGUUGGUGAUCAUAUUGAAAAAAUUAAUGAUAAAUCAUUAGUUGGAUCACGGCAUUUUGAAGUGGCUAAAAUGCUUAAAGAGCUUCCAGUUGGUUCAACAUUUACAAUGCGUCUAGUUGAACCAAAUGCUUUCGGAUUUCAUAUUGAACCAGCUAAACGUGGUCGCAAGACAGGUGAUGUUAAAAAUGGUACCAAAACUCUUCGGUUUAAAGCUGAUGGCAGAGCAAGUGUUGAGGACGUUGAUGAUACAAUGGUUAAAGCUAUUGAUCGUAUUAAUGGUCUUCUUGAAACAUUUAUGGGUAUCAAUGAUUCUGAUCUUGCACAACAAAUUUGGGAUUUUGCACAGAAUAAAAAGAAUCCAAGUGAUUUUGCUAUGGCUAUUGAUGAGUCAGAAAUCGGUGCAUUUAAUUUCACCGAUGAAUUUAUCUUUGAUUUAUGGGCAGCUAUUGAUGAUAUAAAAGCUGGACGAAUAAAAGAAAGAGAUUACGAAGAUGAACGAUUAUAA